AUGCCGCUUGUGCCUCGGUACACGUGGGAGCAAGACGGCUGCAGCCUUGCGCUGGAGCUGCAUUUACCCGGGACAGCGCUGCGAAAUAUUGACAUUUAUGUAAGCGACCUGGUGAUAAAGGUCAAUGCUGCGCCAUACGUGCUGCUAUUGGAUCUUCAUGAUGCCGUGGAUGAUGCGUCUGCUGUUGUGAAGAGCAUCCCAGCGUCGAAGCUGCUUCGGAUAUCACUGAAAAAGCAGGAGAAUCGAUUAUGGAAGCAGCUGCAGUACCAAGGCUCCAAAACGGUUCUACGCGAGCGCCGUGACGCGUCCAUGGAGAGGAAAAGAGCGAGCGAGACUGCGUUGAGUGAGAAGAGGAAAGAGAAGAAGCAUCAGGAGGAGAAAGAGACGCUGCGGGCACAGAUGGCGGUCGACGACACGAAUCGUCAGAUUCUAACCGACCUGAAGGCCGAGGAGAAAGAACGAGAAGAGAGGCAGAAAGACUCGACGCCCAUUAGCAAUAAAAUAACGAAGAAAGUGUCUUUUGCUGCGUCGCACGAACAAGGAAAGAGUCUCGCCUCAAAAGACAACCGAAAAGACGAAAUUAUCGAGUUGACUGAAGACGGCAGCUUCGACGUGACAAGCGCCACAAAGUCUACAACUCACGCUGACGAGAAGAUCGCUGCUACAGAUAAUCAAGGUAACGCUCAAGAAAACACUCGAGAUGAGGCCGUCGAAGUGGACGAUAAAGACGACAUUUCCGAGCUGCAAGAGAAGGUCGAAUUACGGCCUCCGCGACAGUGCGUACAGUCAGAAAUCCGCUUCACACCUCGCGUUUUCCCUACUCCUUCUCGAGAAUCCAAAGCUGCGGAGGAGGAGGACUGGCUACUGAAGAACAGGAAGCACAUCAACCAACACAAAGGUCUCAACCGCACAUCGGAGUACGACAUCAGCGAAACAGACCCGAUGUGGCUGAAGGCUAAAGGUGACGACUUUUUCCAUUCAAAAGACUUCCGCAGCGCCACAAACGCAUACGCUGAAGCCAUCUCAGCAACAUCCAGCGACAACAACGACCUGAUUGCUACGUGUCUAUCAAACCGUGCCGCUUGUCUGCUUCAACUUGGCGAGUUUGAGGAAUGCAUCAAUGACUGCUCCAAAGCACUUUCGUAUCUGCCCGACACGCGUGACAAGGACGAAAACUCAAGCGUGAUGAAACACUACCGACUGAAACUUAAACUCUUUGUACGACGUGGCACUGCGUACUGUCGUACAGGUCAGUACAGUCAAGCUAAGGCAGACUACGGUGUUGCAUGCUCCAUGGACACUCAGAACCCGCAACUUCGUGAUGACUUCAUGGAGCUAGUCGCAAUGGAAAAGGCUCACGAACUCAAAGAAGCAGGCGACAGCAUCUUCCGGGAAGGCAGAGACCUUGAUAAAGCUAUCCAGAUGUACUCGGAUUCCUUGCAAUUGAAUCCGCUCUCCAUCGCCUGCUUAUCGAACCGAGCUGCGUGUUAUCUGAUGCUACAUCGCGCCAAGGAAUGCGCUGAAGACUGCACACAGGCACUGGAGCUGCUGCAACAAGACACCACUUCUAUGGGUAUGUCGGGUCAGGAGCACGGCCUUGCAUUCUUCUCUUUUGGUCCUGCUGCUGGAUCAUCCCAACGGCGCUCUUGGGUCGUCAAAACACUGGUUCGACGUGGUGCUGCCUACUUAUCUCUUCACAACUUGGACAAAGCCGAGCAAGAUUUCGCAGCAGGUGUCGAGCUGGACCCUUCCAACGAAGCUCUUAAGGCGGAUUUGGCUAAAGUUCAGAGCGAACGUAAGCAGAACGAAGCGAAGCUGGUUGCCCAGCCAGCUCCACUGCGAGCUUAA